UCAAGGAAUUUGUAAAUAAGUAAUUAAACCAGAAGUUAGAAAGUGCCCUAUGUGGUUACCACGGAACUUUGCAGAGCUCAAAGUAAUUCCAUCACUAUAGUGCGUUACCUAGGCUGCUUGAAGUACACAAAAUAAAACAGAAUUCAUUUUUUAAAAAAUGGAUUCUUCCUUCCAAUCCCCUGUGAAUAGUGAUAUUUCUGCUACAAAUCAAGCUUUAUCUGAUUGUGUUUUAAGAAUCAUUGACAAUGGAAUUGAGAAGCUUCAAAUAGCAAUCUUAAUUCCUGAUUUUCUUGAAGACAAAUCCUUAAUGAUGCAAUUUAUGAGUGAAUCCCAAUUACAGAAAUGCAAAAAAUUCUAUCAAGAAUAUGUCAAUCUUGGAGAGGAAAUGCAAGAGAAUGAAACCCCCCAAUUACCGUUUUGUUUAAUUGAAAUAAUUGAUUUAUUUUGUGAGAAUAAGCAAAUCAAGGAAAUUUUACCGGAACUUUCCUACGAAAUUCCUGACAGGUUUAAAGAACUUCUUGACGCUUUGAGAAAUUUAAAGAUAAUCACCGAUGAAAAUUUAAAGACCUCGGCUAUUGCUGAUAUGCAAAGGGAAAAGGCAAUUCAUAGACUUUAUCAGGAUAACGAAAAAGUGAUUAAAACUAUUGAAAAACUGAAGCAGCAACUUCACGAUCAAGAGAUUCAUUUGCGAUUUAAGCUAGCUUCUAAACAAUCCCUUAUUAAGAAAUACGAAGAAGACCUGGCAACGAAGAAAUGGGACAAUAAUUUGAAAAUCAAGCAAGAAAUAUUAAGAUCAAGUCAUAAGAUUCGAGAAUUAAAUAGAAAAAGUUUACUCAAACAAGAACAAUUAACAGAAGAAGUGGAAAGAGCCCAAAGUCAAUAUGAAAAUGGUCUUAAAUAUAAUUUGAAAACAGAAAAAGACAUCAGGGAUGAAAAAAACAAACUUCUUCUUCAACUUCAAGGUCUCAUAAAAAAAUACGAUCAAAAUAUUGGUGAUAAAAUUCAAGAAAACUUAAAUCUCCAAGAUUCCUACGACGAACAACGACAAAAAUUAGACGAAUUCCUUAUCGAAUUCAAUCGUCAAGAAGCUGAAUACAAUGAGUUGGCUCAAUUGAAAUUAGACGAAGAAUCCGCCGAAUUUCAGAGGAAAUUGUUGCUUUUUAUGACGGAGAGGGCGGCCAAAAUUAUACAACGCUAUUGGCGGAAAUUUAUCAAAACCACAAAGAAGUCCUCCAAAGGCAAAGGCAAAGGCAAGGGCAAGGGAAAAAAGAAUAAAAAGAAAUAGAAAAUUCAUGACUUACACCUUAUCUACUUUAAACUUUGAAAAUUCAAAUAUAAUCAACAAAUAAAAAAACACAUGUAGCUUUUAUAAAAACUUCAAAAAAUAUAAAUUUUCAUUUGUUUUUUCUGUUUGUUCGUCCUGCGGUAUAGCCAAAAAAUAUUUAAUCCAAUUUUGUGUUUGAUUCUUUUUGUUUGAAAAUAAAAAACACGGAAAAAAAUGUUCUGAAUCCAAAAAUCAAUUUAACCAUCUUUUGUUAUAAUUUUGUGUCUCGUUUUUUAUACUACCUAAAUAAAACUUUU